AGACGUAUCACGUGAGCGGAAGUGUGUGACGUCAUCAAAACAGUGUCGUCUCCCAGUCGUGUCCGGUUUCUCCGUCUCACUCCGUGUAUAUUUUGAACGUGUCAAGCUGCAGACAUGUUUUAUUUCACAAUUCAUUGGGUGUUUUACUUUGAGAAAACCAAUUAAGGCCGUCAACAUCGUCGAUACGACGUUAGCUCUCGACUCUCCGUCAGUAGUGAAGGUGUGAUGAUGGUGGAGCAGUCAGACCGAGCUCCGCUGCUCGACUGGGAGGAGGAGGUCGCGCGGGCCGAACAGACCCCCGCCGGACCUGCUGCUCACAGCAGUGACACAGAACCGACGGCUCGCGGUCCUCAGGGCAAAACUGCUGCGAAUAACAUCUGGAGCGCGAGCGCGGGAGGUGCAGGUAGUGUAACAGCUGUUAAAGGCAGGGGCAGGAGCACGCGCCCUGGGCCGGAGGGGGAUGCUUAUGCUUCAGGCACUGAUGAGGAAGGAGAUUGUGCCUUCCCUGGAACCUCCAUUAAAACUCGUGCAGUCCCGGGCUGGGAAGAGAAAGACCAAAUUGUUUCAGUGUUUGUGGUGACCUUUGACACGAGAUCAGGAAACAUUGUAGAGUGGUGCUUACCUCAGGACGUCAACCUGGAUGGUGUGGAAUUCAAGUCGAUGGCCAGCGGAUCUCAUCGAAUUGCAAAUGAUUUCAUAUAUUUUCGAAAAGGCUCUUUCUUUGGGCUGGCAUGCUUCGCCAAUAUGCCUGUGGAGAGUAAGCUGGAGAGGGGGGCUCGAAUGAAAUCUGUCGGCAUCCUGUCACCAUCAUACACACUGCUCUACCGCUACAUGCACUUUUUAGAGAACCAGGUCAAGCACCAGCUGCAGUGUCCGGGCCAGUAUUCACCUCUGGAGGCAUUUUACGAGGAUAAGAAAGCUGUGCUUCCGUCUGGAGGUAACGGUAUGGUCACGGUCUGCCCGACCAGUACCAUGGUAAACCGCUGCAUGCAUCCAGAGAUGAAGAUCACACAUCCUGCUGGAUGCAUGUCUCAGUUCAUCCGUUUCUUUGGAGAGCAGAUCAUGGUGUUGUGGAAGUUUGCCUUGUUAAGGAAGCGUAUCCUCAUCUUUUCUCCUCCACCUGUUGGCGUGGUCUGUUACCGAGUAUACUGCUGUUGCUCCCUUGCUAAUGUGUCCAUACCUGGGAUUGGUGGCUCUGUACCAGAGUUCCGCCCCUUCUUCUAUAUCAAUGUUGCUGACAUCACAGCUCUGGAGAAGGAAUUGUCCUACGUGGCUUGCACUACAGAGAAGAUUUUUGAAGAAAAGAAGGAGCUUUAUGAUGUCUACAUUGACAACCAGAAUGUGAAGACACACAGAGAAAGCCUGCAGCCUCUUCUGCGAAUUAACAAUGCUGACAGGGAGAAGUAUCGCAAACUCAGUGAACAGAGGCAGUUGUUGCUGUAUUCCCAGGAGGUUGAUGGAGACUGCACCUCUAGUGAGGAAGACCUCUUCAUUCUGUUCUUUAUGGAGCAGAACAACCGCAUCUUUCAAACUCUGCUAGAGGUUGCAGGGAGUUCAGAUCCCACCCUGACUCCUGAGCAUGUGCGUGCUAUGGGCUUGGACCCACAGGCGGACCGCGGCUUCCUUGUGGAUCUGCUGGAGGUCUAUGGCAUCGAUGUCAUGCUGGUUAUCGACAAUCCAUGCUGCCCGUAAGGCCAGAGAGAUUUCUCUCUCAUUUUCUUCACCUAUGUCUCACUUAUCACUAAUGCUCUCUCUGGAUCCGUAAGCCUUGCUUGGCUGGAACACACUGCCUGACUCCCUCCUUUCCUCUCUUUGUCUUUCUCUUUUUCUUGGCCUGGGUGUCUCAGGAGCCAGUACUGACCCCUGGCCUCACCGCUGGAGCAAAAUGAUACAGCCUCUUCAGGCUCUGAUACACUGCUGCCUUCACGCCCCUGACGUCUGUCUGCUUAUGUAUGUCUGUGUGUUUGUGUGUUUUCUCAGUAUCUUGACAGCUACCUGUGGGUUUCUUCCCUAACUGCGCCUACUCUUAUGUCCUGAAAAAUGAAAAAAAAAAAACACUAAUCUCCGUGCCUAUUUGUUACUGCUUGAUUUGUGAAUCUCAAUUGUGACUCUUUUCUUCUAGCCAGUGCUGUUUUUGAGACCUGAUGUAAUGGCCCUGUUUGGGUCUUCAGUGUGCUUCAUCUGAGCCCCACAGACUUAAAGUAAAGAAAUGGAAACACUUUCAACCUUCUGCCCACAUGGUUUUCUUGCUGGUGAAGGAGGGUAACUGAAAGCCAAUGAACUACUUCAUGGUUAUACAACGGUUUCUGCAGAUAAAAGGUUCAUGACUGGAACCAUUUAAAUGGACCACGUUCCCUGCAGUGUUUAUUAAGUUUACUCCAGCUGAAUUCAGAGUUUUAUUUUGAGUUCCAAAAACAAAAUGGACAUUCUCUCAAAAUGGACUCUCUCCCCCACUGUUUUUUUUUUUUUUUUUCAAACUUUAUGCCUACACCUAAUGACUGGAUAAGAAACAAAGGAAGAAGUGAAGUAUUUAGAACAGUGCUACUAAAUCUUUUUAGAAUUUAUCAUUUAAAAAUUCUGGUCUCCAGAGUGAUGAUGGGUCUGGAAUGUCAAUUCAUGAUAAAAGACUCCAGAUAUAA